UCAUGCGAAAAGCCUACAGCAAUGUGCAGUCAGUUGGCAGUCCGCUCGUUUACUGAACUCGAGCCAUCUAUAAAUCCCAAUUAUCUUAGCGAUUCUUAUGCUUAUCACUUUCAGCAAACACUUAAAGACUCAAAGCCAUUUCCACAUUUUUCAUUAACGAAUUUCAUUGAUAAUGAAGAAUUUGUUCAAAUGGUUCGAAGUGAACUAUUAAAUAUGGAAUAUAGUUUGGUAACAACCGAUCUUUAUAGUAAUUAUCAAACUUUUGAUAUCGAAUCAUCACCUCCGCCAUAUUUGCCUUCGAUUGUUAAACUCAGAGAUUUUUUUAAAACGAAAGUACGUGAAUGGCUUUCGUCGAUAUCGGGUGUGGAACUGACAACUCGUGUUUCCAUCGUAUCAACUAUAUAUGAGCAUACUCAAAUUCUUUUACCUCAUGACGAUCAGCUUGACAAUCGAGCAUUUGCCUACGUAUAUUAUUUAACUCCUCAAUGGAAGCCGAAUUAUGGAGGAGAAUUAGCUCUUUUUGAUAAUGUGAAUAAUUAUCCGAGAAGGGAACCUUUGUCUAAUUCACUCGCAUUGUUUCGAGUAUCACCAGCAUCAUGGCAUAUGGUUAAAGAAAAAUGCGAUUUUUUCCGUUUGAGUGUUCAUGGCUGGUUCUAUGAACCAAAAGUUACAAGUAUUCUACGAUUACCGCCACCAGCUAGAAAUCCUUUAUUAAAUUCAGUGAAGGUAUGA